UCAACUAACGCUUUUCAAUCCUCUGCGUCCCCCACACCAAACCUAAAAAUUCAAACUCCAUUGCUGCAUCGUGUCUUAAUCUAACCAGGGCGUGUUGAUCUCUACUCAUUCGAAUCUCCGUACUCGUGGACCUAGACAAAGAAUCCAAUUCUACAUGUCCCGUUGCCCAAACAAACCCUGGUCUAUCUCACUAGUCCUUGGGUUUAUCCACCACACGUAUUCCGUCACACCACCCGAACCAGUUCAUCGAUGCCACGAGGUAGGGGGGGAGGCGCUCCCACUCCAACCACGCACCUCAAUUUCGUCUCUUUUGGGUUUAGCCUCUUUGAAAUUCCCAAUGCUCUUCUAGUACCUGCUGGUACUUAUUUAACUUCAGAGGAGGAAGGCUAGAUCCUCCUCACACCCCAAGCAAUGUCACCAACGAAAUACGGCCUCCCCUUCUUCCUCGAAGACAAGAGCGGCAAGCUCUCCGGAUCCGAGUUCAUCGACAUCCACGAAAGGAUGCGAUUCAGCUACCGUUGCACCGCGCGGGACGCUACGCAUACCGCGUAUAUGAUCUUCAACCCCAAUGCUUCCCGCCGCGCUAUCGUCGCUUUGGACUUCGGACCACGGAACGCGCUGGGGACUAUCAGCUUGGGUGGGGUGAGCAUUCCGAUGAACAAGUAUCUUGUCAGGGUGCCUGGUCGCGCGAGGGCACGCAAGUUCGUAGCAUCGGAUUCGCAAGAGUACAUCUGGAGCUGGAGGACAAAGGAUAACCAAGAAUGGACCUGUACGAACGCAAAAGGAUACCUUGUCGCGUACUACAGCCUCAAAGUCCCCGGUGAACCGCCCUACCACGGCUCCUCCGGGUGUUCGUUGACCGUCGACGAGGCCUACGGGCAUCUAGCUGCUGAAUGCCUAGCGUCAUUGAUGAUCAUGCGGCAUAUCGCUGAAUUUAACCUCUAAUGAAUCUGAUUGCCUCGAGUACUAGCAUGUGGUGUAUUUUUAUCGUAUAUGUGGUUUCUACUUCUUCUUUUACUGUACUCGUAUUACUACUACUAGUUGGAUCGGACUUUGUUAUCGUUUGUAAUGUUCUAAUAGGCAAGGUAUUAAUAUUUACUCGUAAGGGGAUCGCGGGGAAGAAGGUUUGAACGAUAUUGACGGCUUCAUUCAAAAGCAAAGGGUUCAGUCAGGUGAGAACACAGAGGAAAGAAAAGUGCGGCUGUCUAGAUGUCAACAAGUCGACGUACUCCUGGUAAGCCGGGCAAAAAAGCAGCGAAAUUUGUGCAUAAUG